CAAAAUUUACUUUAUCAUGUGUUCAACUUGCUAUAUUCCAGCCUAUGUUAUAAGAAGGAUUUAAAAAAUAGAUGAUUUGAAGUAGAUACAUUGGAAAAACUACAGUUUAGAGAUAUCUUCUGGCUACUUAAGGAAUUCAAGGAGACAUGGUUGGAAAACUGUCCCAGGUAUUUUUUCUUGAUUUGGGAAUUCAUUUCUAAUUUAUGAUACAGAAGUAUAUCUUCUGAAAGAGAAAGAGAAGUAAUUUUGCUAAUUCACAGGGGUUUUUUCCUCUCCCUAGGAAGAAGGUAUGUGGGAGGAAGAGUAAUUUUGUCUUACAAAUCAGAGGUGCAGGUCACAAAACAAAAAUGCCCUUGGGAAUAUCUAGGAAAAUGAAAGGCAUUACAAAGUUUACAAAUUAACACUUUUACUCUGAUUUCAAGUGUUAGUGUCAGCCUCUCACCUUCACUUAUGCUGUCUAAAUGCCACCAUUAUAUUUUUAAUCUCAUAAACUGACUUGUAUAGAUGCAUGUAUGUGUCUAUACACAACCACUUACAAAUGUUCUCAUAACCUUGUUUGCUGCUACUCUGAUUGCAGUAGAUGCAUUAGCUAUAGGUAAAGUAAUGCCUGUCUCAGCAACAGCCUUGCCUUUCCUUCUUUUUAAGUGGCAAAUGAUGACUCUUGUAGUUGGUUACUUCCAGAUCUGCUGGAACUGAGCAAAUUGUUGCUCUGUUAGAACUUUCAACUCUUCGUUGAAACUCUCUUGCAGCUUCUUAAAAAAUUUGGUACAGGUUUCUAAAUAACAUCAGCGGCUUUUGUGGUCAGCAUGAAUCCAUCUGAGAGCUUGUUCAGAUAAAACUGCAGUAGUUCUGUUCUCUGUAGGCUCAUGAGUAAGGCUACUCAAGCAGUGGUUUUUCCUUGAAUGUUUUUCCUAGUAAGAAACAAUAGGCCAAGAAAACAAAUUUCUACAAAUAUGGGUAGAUUGGGGUUGCUUGUUUAAUAGGAAGUUUAGUACUCUUGCAGAUGACAGAAGAGUGACUGUGGUGGUCAGACUGAAGGUGAGUGUAGCCCAGUAUUGUGUCUCCAGCAGAGGCCAAAAGGGAGUGCUCAGAAUAUAAGAACAAGACAUGUAGUAUUUCUCCUUUGAAUGCUUUCUGGGCCUCCAAAUCCAUGUUGCCCAAACUUUUUGAACAAUUGUACUUUAUUAUAGAUACUCUCUGCUAGCCCAAAUAACAUAACAUAUUCAGUAAAUGCCAAAGAUAUUUUGGGGUCUUUAGGAAUUGUUAAGGAAUGUGAUCUCUGAGGUUUUGUGCUUUAAACGAUGAAUAUUCUAAAUUGGAACGAGUAACCUGAGUAGUUUAAGGAGAACCAUCAUUUGCUUGAUGAAUGAGGAAGGUAGGUCAAGACAGGUCGUGUUGGGAGACAGAUAAAGUAAGCUGCUUUGUAUUUCAGGAAGUUCAAGAAGUGCUGCGGGAGCUGCAAGAGACAUCAUCUAAUUGAUAGUCUGAAGAAACAACAGGAUUUUGCUGACCUCCUCAUUUGUACAUAAUUUGGACCUGUUAGGGAAAACCCUGAUUCUGUUUUAGAAGUUUCUCUGGGCCUGUCUUCUAUUAAUACAGUUCUUAUCUCUAUCUACAGCUUAGAAAAAUUUGAGGGUGGUCUUUGAAACAUAAGAAAAGUGAUGUGCAAUAGAAUGUGUCUGAACUUCUCGUCCUUGACAGCAAGAACAUAUUGUGUUAGUAUCUCUAAGUGUCAUUAGCUCUCUCAACAGAUCUGCUUGAGAAAUACUUCUGUCUGGAUCUGAUUUAUGAACUUGAAAAGGUACUUGGUUAAGAACUAUACUAUUGGGGUUUUUUUUCUUUCUGGAAGGAAGACAAGAGAAAACUAUUUAUGAUUCUCAUUCUAGACUCAAAUUCUUACCUAACUGGUCCUCUCUCUCAAUCUGCUAAAUUCGCAGGCUUGAAAUGAAAAGUCCUUGGUAUAAAUAAAGCUUGUAGAACAAAUUAAAAUAGGAGGAAAGAGAUCAGUCUUGUUUAAGCAAUGACUGCAUGUCUGGAGAGGUUUAACAAGACUGCAAGCAGAGAUCAUCAGGUCUUGGCAAUAGCAGUCAGAGGAUCAGUCUUAAAUGUGAGAUGCUAUUUAGACACAGAUAACCUGCAGAACAUGUCCAGAUUUGGCAAUUUUACCAAAGUCCUCAGAUAACAUCAUACAUAUUUAAACCAUUCAAACAUUUCCUUCUAUCUGUGAUACUAAACAGCUCCCACCCACUUGACGUUGUAGACUGAGUGAUUCAGAUCUAUUGGCUCUUGGUUGUGGAAAAAUCUGCCUUGAGGUCAGUUGUGGUUCAUACCACAAGCAGCCAUCCUUUCUUCAUCCUGCCUAACUUCAGCCUGCUUUUUUAAAUGGACACAAUAUCCUUACUUUCAGCUGCAUUUGGUUAAGGGUCUGCAUAGAGUCAUGUGCAAAGAAUAAUGACCUCAGAAUGCUGAAUGCUCUGUGCAUGCAGGAGCCUGUCUGUGAAAGCUGGCCCCUAUUGGGCCCAAGCAGAAAGGAAAGGAGGUGGCUGUGACUCAAAAGCUAAAACACUGGGAAAUAUUGAGAGAGAGCCUAGAGGAGUCCGUUGCUGAUGGUAAUCCUUGGGAACACCUUCCCACCUGGUAGAAAGCAGCAAAUUGUAACAGCCCAGAAAAUGCUUCAGGCGUGUCAGAAUUUUGAGUUCUGCUGCGUUCCUGAAUGUCCCCUGAAACUGGAGGAGGUUUUUUUCCUGCUCCCCCUCCCCCAGGAUUGUUUCCUGUACACAACAAUCAGACUUUAGUAAUUGCAACUUUUCUUUUUCUUUUCUGAUUUCCAAGCCCACAUGAGGCCUUUUGGAUUCAUUAUGCAUGAACCAGUUUGUAUCUGGGGAUGAAUAAUGUUCCAUCUUACUUUCUUUUUUGCCCUUGCACUGAACAGUUUUGUUUUUUAACAGAAAUGCCUUUUUCCUUUUGAGAACUCUCAGAAAUAUGUUCCUUUAAGAACCUCCUACAUGGUAUGCAUUUGCCAUUUGUAAACACAGUAUGUCAAAGAAUGAUUUGAUUCAGUGGUGAGGCAGCCAGAUAUUUGCAUGUCAUGAGGUCUAAGGGAAACAAACUGACCCUCAGCCUUCCCCCAUCCAGGCAAAUUCUGAUGGGACCCUCAAAUAGCUCUGGCAAAGGGCUCUGUUUCUUUUGGACUUGAUGGAUGCUUGUUUCUGUGAAGACGUGUAAUUAUUUCUUCCUUUAUUUUGCUGCGCAAGUUACAGAGAGAAGCAGCUUAAAACUAACUACCACGUGGAGGGCCCCAGCAGGAUGACCAGCAGCCAGACAGACUGCCAUUUCUGCCUGCAGCCUCUCCGUGGCAGGAAAUAUGCACUGAGAGAUGAAAAUGCUUACUGUGUGCCGUGCUAUGACAGCCUGUAUGCCAACCCCUGUGAAGAGUGCAAGCAGCCCAUUGAGUGCAGCUCCAAGGAUCUGGCCUACAAAGGCCGCCACUGGCACGAGGGGUGCUUCAGGUGUGCCAAGUGCCAUCGCUCACUGGUGGAGAAACCAUUUGCUGCCAAGGACGAGGUCUUGCUGUGUACUGAGUGCUACUCUGAUGAGUAUUCAUCCAAGUGUUUUCGCUGCCAGAAGACCAUUAUGCCUGGUUCACGUAAAAUGGAAUUUAAGGGAAGUUCCUGGCAUGAAUCUUGUUUUGUUUGCCAGCAUUGUCAGCAACCACUGGGAACAAAACCAUUAAUCACCAAAGACAAUGAGAAUUACUGUGUGCCCUGUUUUGAGAAGCAAUUUGCUCAUCAUUGCUAUGCUUGCAAAAAGGUUAUAACUUCUGGAGGAGUGGCCUACCACGACCAGCCUUGGCACCAGGAAUGCUUUGUGUGUGCUGGGUGUAAAACUCAGCUGUCUAGACAAAGAUUCAUUUCCAAAGAUGAGUACCCAUACUGUGUAGACUGUUUCAGCAAAUUUCAUGCCAAAAAAUGUGCUGCUUGCAAGAAACCUAUUGCAGCUCUCGGAGGUACCAAAUACAUCUCACUUGAGGAGCGCCAGUGGCACGGGGAAUGCUUCAGCUGCACAAAGUGCUCUGUCUCCCUGGUGGGCCAGGAAUUCCUCACUCGGCAGGAUGACAUCCUCUGCCACAAAUGUGGCUCUGCUUCAUAGUUCUGUGGGAAGCUGUACAGCUGCAUUAUUUCUCACCCUGUAGCAAGGUAGUUUAUUGGUCUGCUGUAAGAAAACCAGAUAAAAGGCACUAUAGUUAUUUAGUCAUUCCAGUAACUUUCCAACAGCAGUUUAAUGCAGUCAUAGUUCUCAACUGUUUAUAAACAAACAUUAAACAACUGCCCCAUGCUGGUUAAUAAAACAAUGCAGAAAAGAUUUGUAUAUAUAUUAAGCCUAACUCCAGUAUGUUUUCCUUGUAACACACUGCACUCUGCUGUUAGAAGCCUAAGAAUUUAUCUUUUAUCGCCUCUACUGUGAAAUGUCUGUUUAGCAAAUGAAUAAUGAUGAGGCAUUAGCACUGAUUCACAGAUGCAGGUCUUGGCAUGGACAGCUGAGAACAAGCAUUUUUCUCUUGGAUCAUAACAUUGAAGAGAACACCUUGUAAAUAUUAUAUUCUUCCAUACUUUGGGCAAAAAAAGAUGCUGACAAAGCAGGCAGAAAUUGUGAAUAAGAGAUGUUUUCACAUUGAGGAACUCAGUCAGAAAGGCCCAUUCCAAGGGCCAAUUCAAUGGAAAAAAAAUGUCACUUCCCUUACUGGGAUUGCUAUCCAAAGAAGUCACCCAAAACACUAAAGCACAGGUCUUUUCCCAAAACUGGGUAACUGUUCAUAAUUUUUUAGGCAUAGCUGCUUUAGAACAUAAAUAAACCCAUAUUUUCAGCUACUGCAAGAGGUAAGGAAUGCCUAAGACUGAAUAGUGCUGAUGUACAUUUUCCCACAGCUAAUAUGCCUUAAGACUCUGUUUCCACUGUUUUUGCUAUGCCUUCAAAUACAGGCCUAAAACAUACUUUUUUUAUUAGUUGACUCAAGAGCCAAGUCAUAGUGGUCCAUUUAACCUUGUACUUUCCUUCGUUUAAAACUGCUUUGCCAGCAAUUGAAGCCCCGUUAAGAACCUUACAUGUUUGGUGUUUGAUUCACAGUUCAUUCCUCUGCUUGUAAAUUCCUGCCUCUGGACAGCAGGCUAUAAACUCCCCAGAACCAAUUCCUGAUUCAUUUCACCACUAUCCACAUGGGGUUUUAAACAGUAUUUCAAGAAUUAGUAAUUGUCAUUGCAAGCUAGGCAGCUCUUGCUUGCAGUACAGGGCCUUAGUUUCUAAGUAGCCAGCCUUUAUAUCUGCUUGCUGAGCUCCAGCACUCAAAUGUCUACUAUUAAAGGUCACCUAGAGCUGAGUUACAAACAUCCAUCUGCCUCCUUCUUCUGCAGUGUGUGUUGCAGUGGCCUGGUUCCUGUGCUGGGCCAGUGUGGAUGGAGCAGUGAUGUUAGGAACGGCAGGUUCUGCCCUCUCCAGCAGAGUUUGAGUCUUCAUCUCAGAUGUCUUCAAGUCAUUCUUCUUCAGACUCUGACCUUGAGUGCAUAGAGUUAUUUGGCUGACUUGAGCAGCCUUUACUCACAUUAAAGACAACCCUUAUUUUAUUUUUCGUGUGCAUGGCUAAGCCAGAGCCAGAGUGCAGUGGCAUAAAAUCAAUAUGGAUAAUGACUGACCAAUGAGUACACAGCAGCAUGUUGUCAGUCGAUAAAAUAUUGAUCUUUUGCUCUAUGUGGUGUUAAUUUUUGGUUUUCAUUUUCUUCUUUCAUGGCAGCUUUUAUUGCAGUCUAGAGUUUGAUUAGUUUAUGUUUUUCAUUUUAUCCCAGCUGCUUCCUUUUCUAUUUACACACCUCCCAUGGCUGACACAGGUUCUUGGUAAGGCUUAGAUUCCCAUAAAUAGAAUAUGCUUCAUUGCCUUAUAUCUAUGAAUAUAUAUAUACACAUAAAACAUAGUGGUUCACAGUUAUGUAUGAUGUUCUAAAAAUUUGCACUGAGAUAUCAGAUAUUAGUAAAUGCUAAUGGUCUUAAAUUUUUAAAUUAAAAUGAUGAAUCACAAUA